AUGGCGAUUUCUGAGAGCCACCUUCUGGGGGAUUCGAUCAUCUACUUGGAAGCCCGUGGAGUGCUCGCUUCACAAGUCCAACCCCAAGUCGUCGUCCGGAUUCGCCCCACCAACUUCUAUUGUUGGGACGACACCCUCGCCAUCGUCCCCACCACGAUCCAUCGCUUCCAUCUGGGCCACACCCCGUUAUUCAGGGCUCUUCCGGUGAUUUUCUCCUUCGUGGCAGCCCGCAUCCAUGGCGUCUAUCAACCAGAUUGCGCGCUUUGUGACGUCCUGCUGCGCCUCUUCUCCUCCCGAAUCGCCGUGCAGAUGACGGCUGUAUCGGCGCUCGAGCUGCUCCUCCACAUGGGCAUGCUUUUCAGACCCUCUGAGUCCAAUGAAGAUGUCCGAGUCAUGCAUGAGUGGAUGCUGGAGAAUCCUCCGGAGGAAGAUGAGGAGAUGGAUGGGGAUGUGCAUGAUUACGUUCUUUCCGAGGGUCUCGAUGCCGGCCAUGGUGUGCCGGCGAGAGGUUCUUGUCUUGAGUGUUUCACAUAUGGCCGAGGAGAUGGUGUUCGGGAGGAGGAGUGCGUGAUAUGCUUGAUGGAGUUUGAUGCCCAGGCGAAGGUGAGCAGGAUGCCCUGUUCACAUACCUUCCACAGCUGGUGCAUCAUCCGCUGGCUUGAGACAAGCAGCCUCUGCCCUAUUUGCAGAUCCCAGAUGCCAACGGCCAGCUCCAAUUGA